AUGAUUAUGCGACACCAUCUCUGUGAGGACCUAAGAGACGAGUUUGGAUAUGUUAAUGAUCCUCAUAAUCUCUGGUCAUUUUUGAAUUCUAGAUUCUGUGAGCCAUUGUUGCACGAAUCCAAGAAAAAAUGGGAAGCUCUAAGGUUCCAGGAUUAUGAAUCCGUGGACAAUUAUCACUCUGAUCUUAUGAGAAUCACCUAUAGUCUUAGACUAUGUGGUGAAUUGGUAACAAACGAGGAUUUGUUAAACAAAACUCGUGACACAUUCCAUUCAGAGGAAGUGUUGUUAUCACAUCAGGCCAAAGGUUUCACCACCUAUUAUGACUUGUUCUCAUAUUUAUUAGACAUUGAGCAAAAGAAGCAGAAAAGGAUGGAUAACAUCAGACGGUUUAAUGACAUCAUGGAGAUAUAUUAUGAAGUACUAGACAGUGAGAUGAAAAUCCCUGAAGCUAAUAAAGCCACAUUUGAUAAGAAGAGAUCUGAGGAGGAUUCCGAGUGGACACUCAUGGACCAUGAGGUCGGAUUAUACAUUGAAUAA